GCGAACGGCGACGGGGAGCGGAGAGCAGCGGGGGGAGCCCUGCCCCGGCCGGGGCGGGGAGGGGAAGGUAAAAGCCUCCCGAUGCGCGCUGGUACCGCCUCCUGCCCGGGCAGCGCUGGAGCCCGCGGCACGUCCCGGGUGCGCAGAGCCGGAGCGGGGCAGCGGUAACCCGGGCAGGAUGGUUUCCAUCGCUCUCGAGGUGACCUGCAGCUUUGUUGCCUGGCUGUUUCUGUACGCCUGCUGCUGCUACUGGAACAGGCACCGUUCCUACGAGUGGAGCUGUCGCUUGGUCACCCUGCUGCAUGGGCUGAUUGUCACCGGCCUCUCUGGUUACACUGUGUUCUUGGAUGGCCCCUGGCCUCUGACCCAUGCAGGUUCACCAAACACAGCUCUUCAGAUCCAUGUGCUGUCCCUGACCUUGGGUUACUUUAUCUUUGACCUGGGCUGGUGCCUGUAUUUCCAGACAGAGGGGGACCUCAUGCUGCUCCACCACACACUGAGCAUCUGUGGCAUGAUCAUGGUGCUGGGGCUCGGGAAGUCUGCUACAGAAGUCAAUGCUGUUGUGUUUGUGAGCGAGAUCACCAACCCUCUGCUCCAGACCCGCUGGUUCCUGCGGGAAAUGGGCUGUUACCACACGCUCCUGGGAGACAUUGUGGAUUUCUUCUUUGUUUCCCUCUUCCUGGUGCUUCGAAUUGGGGGAGGAGCUUUGAUCAUGUACGCGAUGGUGACAUCCCCUGCUCCCAGCUGGCUCCUGAAGGCUGGAGGCUUGGCCAUGUAUGUUGUGUCUUUGGGCUUCAUGGUUGAAAUAUGCCGCUUUGUCAGGAGGAAAAUGAUGAAGAAAAGUAUUUCCUGGACAAGCCUGAGGAGUGUGAACGCACCUGUGCAAACUAACGGGCACUUGACAGCUCGUUAGUGGAUUGAGGAUAAUCCCCUGGGAUAGGGUCCUGGUUUACUGAAGCUUAUUCCUAUGAAAAGAACUCCUAAAAGCGACAUGGAAUUGACUUUCUGGCAUUGGCUAUGCCUGGAGGAGAUGAACCGGCGCUAGGAACAUGGGAAAGCUGACAGCAGAGGGGUUUGAGUGCAAA